UAAUCGGUGUUUUUUUAAACGAAUCUCCACAUUUAAAGCAAGAAAAUUACGCUCCAGUUAACCGGUAAUCGUUAUUUUCCGCGAUAAGUGUUCCCGACUGUGUACGGAUCUAAAGUGCAAGUGAAAAUGGCAUCCAGCUCGACCGACAGUUUCGGUUUCAAUGGAUUGAAAAUCUUCGAAGUGGCUCGCGAUUGUCUGCCCGACGAGCGCAAGAAGACGCAAAACCUGCUGGAAACCAAAGACGAUAUGCUGUUUGUGUGGAAUUCGAAAAAUUGCUCGGUGCUAACGCUGAACUGGCGUGCGGCCAACGCCAAACGGGACGAGCAGGCAAAGUAUCAGACGCUAAUACCAUCGGCACCGCAAAACUUUACCGUCGAGAAGAUUCUCCCGUCGACGGAGGCCACCUUCCUGGCGCUGAGCGGACCGCGAGGACUUUCGAUCCUGGAACUGCCCCGCCGCUGGGGACCGAACGGACAGUACCAGAACGGGAAGGAGUGCAUCAUUUGUCGCUCCUACAACCUGGACGAGCAUCUCUUCACCGAAAACGCAAAUCUCGAAAUCCUGCAAAUUCGCUGGCAUCCGGCAUCACCGACAGAUUCGCACAUCCUGGUCCUGCUGUCGGACAACUCGAUCCGCGUCUACGAUGUGGACUCCCUGCGCCAUGUGUGGCGCGUUGGUCCUUCGCCUACGCUGAUCAACGGUGGCAACGGUAGCAAACUGACCGCCACAUUCACCGGCGGCACCCCCGGCAGCGUCGGCGGCGGCUCGUCCUCGUCGGCCAACAAGCUGGUCUAUCUGAGCAGCCUCGGCGAUACGGCCGUUGAUUUUGACAUCGCACCGCCACGUGUGGUUUCGGCCAGCGGCGGUGCCACCGAUGCCACCGCCCUGUCGCUCUCGCUGGCGACCAGCAUGAUGAGAGACAAUCUGAACAUUUCUUCGUCGGUCGCCAACGUCGGUUCGCCAUCCGCUGGAAGUGGCAGCAGCAACCAGACAACCUUUAUCAAGUCCAAGAAACCCGACAAUGAUGGCAAAGUAGAGUGGCCGAUUGUGAUUCUGCGGGGUGACGGUAAUGUGUACAUUCUAUGUGCCGGACUCGAUACGGAUCGACCGAAACUGCAGGGUCCGAUUUCGAUCCUUCCACAGGUGGACGAUAACUACGGGCUGGAUUCAUGUUCCCUGGUUGUGAUCCCUUCAUUGCCUCCAACCGUUAUUAUUGCCGAAAGUAAUGGCAAAACCCACCAUGCUUUACUGUUGGAGGAGGAGGAACCUGCUGAAAGGUCCUUCAACGAGUUGGACUCCAGUCUGGUUAUUUAUCCCUCCGAAUGGUAUCUGCAGGUGUUGGAAACCGUCGAGCUUGAACUCGGCCUAACUGGGGUCGAUGAAGCUAAAAGUUUCUCUUGUCCAAUAUAUUUGAAGCGUGAUCCGCUCAACGAGUCCCGUUAUUUUGCAUAUCACAAUGCGGGACUGCACGCAAUCACACUGGAUUUCACCAGACAAUUGAAUCAGUUUGUCGAAAUUGAGGAUGACCUCAGCGAUAAGUAUCCCCUGUUCAACUCUCAAAGUCGAGCAGAGUAUUUAGUCUGCACGAAAGCUUUACAAAAUAUGAACACCAAUGCAGUGCUGGGCUUUGCCCUACUGCAAUCCCCUGCGGGGAUUCUUCUCCAGCUAGCCUCCGGUCAAAUUGUCACGCUCGAUUUAAUCAGCGACCCCAGCCUGAUCCGUGACUGGAAGAUAAAGUUUGGCAGUAAAGCCGGUUCGGCUGCGGACUCCCCGCUGAAAAAAAUGCUCAAAGAUUCAUUCCAAGAGCGCAUUCAAUCGAUUUUAAAAUCCGGAACCACACAGCCCAUCCUGAAGCUGGAUCAAUCUUCGGAACCAACUCCGCAGGAAGCGUUUGAAUUGCUAACGCAGGCCACCCGGAUGCUGCGAGAGCACUAUUUUGUGAAGCACGAAAAAGCCCGCCAGGAAAUCGAAAGACGGGUACACGUGCUUCGCUUGCUCAAAGAGCAGCAGCUGAAUGAGAUCGCUCUGCUACAGCAGGAAAAGCAGCAAAUUCGUGAAACGGCCGAACGCCUAGCCGAAAACUACGAGGACAUUUGCGACAAGCACAGUUCGUUGUUUAAAAGAGCUCAGGAAGUUGUGCGUCUGGCGACGUUGCGCCUCCCGAAAGGUUCCUUCUCGGAGAAAAAGUACGCGGAUAUGAUUGAAAAAAUAGCGAACGCCACCAAACAGCUGCAGAAGAAUGUGGACCAAGCUAAGCAAAAGAUAGCCGCCCAACAGGUGCUGACGGAUCAAAACCAGAAGACGCUGAAGGAGCGAGCGGUUGCUCUGCCCAGCAAGCAGGAGACCAUUAUCAAGCAGAUACUUGGUGAAAUGUACGGUCAAAUCGAAGGUUACGUGCGAGAUGUUAAAAAGAUGAAUAACAUACUAAAUUUGUCUUAAACAAAAUACCGUUCCGUGCUGCAAGAAGGGUAAAAUUAAAUAAGAUUUGGUUUACCCCGUAAUCGUUGCUAUUGUGGGUAUACUUGACUAAAUUUUGAUUCCCUCAAUCUUACACUAACUAUAACACUCUCAUUAUAUUUACGGUUUACUGAAUAAAUUGUAGAA